GUCUUGAGGGGAAACCACAGCAUCUAAGCAUAGUGGAGACAAGUAGCACUAAUUCUAAUGGUGAUCAGAGUGGUCGACUAAACCAUUCGGUCCAGUCACCAAGGUGAGAGUGCCGAGGUCCCCCCGCCGCCUGAACCAUGCAUGCUUCGCUGCACCUCGACACUCUCCAACAUUCCCACUCACUCCCAAAUCGCGUCAAGCCAUGUCUGCUGCCACGACGGCGCAGGCUCGAAUCCCCCGCCUCAAAACACUCGGAUCCAGCUACACGUACCAGUCGGCAACCACGAAACGAAAAGCCCAGCCCGCGCCCGCCCCGCGAGUGCAAGCAGAGCGGCCAAAAUGCUGCGACGAGCCGAACGUCGGCACUGACGAGGAAGGAGCCAUCUGCUAUAACUGCGGCCAUGUCUUCCAGGAAAGCGCCAUCGUCUCCGAGGUCACGUUUGGCGAGACUGCAGGCGGAGCGGCCAUGGUCGAGGGCGGCUUCAUUGGCGAGAACCAGCGCCAUGCCAACUCCAUGGGCGGCACCAUGCGCGGGCUGGGGGGCAUGGGCAGCAGAGAGCACGCCGAGAUGAACGGCAAGAGCGAGAUCCAGAAGCUCGGCCACGCGCUGAACGUCUCGGAGAGGAUCCAGAACCAAGCCAUUGGUUGGUAUAAACUCGCCAUGGGCCACAGCUUUGUCCAAGGCCGUCGCAUCCGGAACGUUGCCGCCGUGGCCAUCUACAUGGCGGCGCGGAGACAGCCUGAGAACACGCUCAUGCUCAUGGACUUGGCCGAGAAGGUGCAGGUCAACGUCUGGGCCCUCGGAGACACGUACAAGUCGUUCCUGAAGAUGCUCCGAGAAGAAGACCCAGCACAGCUGAUCGGCAACAAGGCCGUCCAGGAGAUCGAGCCCCUGAUGCUCAAGUACUGCCGCAAGCUCGAGUUCAACGAAGCAUCCCACAAGGUCGCCGACGACGCCUGCAAGCUGCUCAAGCGCAUGAGCCGAGACUGGAUGGUCCAAGGUCGUCAGCCUGCUGGCCUCUGCGGGGCGUGCAUCAUCCUCGCUGCUCGCAUGAACAACUUCCGCCGAACCGUCCGGGAGGUCGUCUACGUGGUCAAGGUCGCCGACUCCACCGUCAACCACCGUCUGUACGAAUUCAAGGCGACACCCAGCUCUGCCUUGACCGUCAACCAAUUUCGAGAGUUCGGCCAGAGGUUGAAGGUGAAGACCCUACCACCUGCCAUCUGGAGGCGCGAGAAGAAGGAAAAGAACAAAGAGAGAAGGCAGAGACGGUCGGCGGCUGGGCUGACUGCUGAAGAACUCGAAAAUUCGGACGGCGAAGUUGUGGAGCAGGCGAGCAAUGGCGAGACUGGGGCUAAUCCAAACACUACACCAAGGGCGCCGACGAGGACGAGUGAGAGGCGCAAAUCGAACCAAGGCACGGCUCAGACCACCACUUCUCAACCAGCAUCUCCUGGGACGCAGGAUACCGACACACAAGACCUAGGCGCGGAGGCUCUCACAGCCGAGACUGGAGCUGAGCUAGACUCCCUUGGCUCUGCGCUCGCGCUGAACUCCCUUACUGCUGCAGUCGACACAGCUGACACAGACGACGUCGACGAUGAAACGUUCGUCAUGCCAAAGAAGCGCGGCCGGCCCCCAAAAGUGCGUGAAGUCGUGCCUGUAUCUGAAGAGGAUCUCGAGAUCGAGCAUGAAAUCGAGUCUGAAAUUACACACGCAAUCAAGGACUGGGAAGCCAUCUUCAAGAAGUUCGCCGACAACGACGACCACGAGCUGCUGAAGAACACCGGCCUCGUGGCCGCCAACAUGGCCCAAGCCUGGAUGCCCAAGAACAACGUCAACCUGGACCCCGACAUAGGCGACGACGAAUUCGAAGACGACCCCGACGUUGCCACAUGCAUCCUCGCCCCCCACGAAGUCCGCAUCAAAGAGCGUAUCUGGAUCACCCAGAACGAGGACUGGCUGCGCGACCAGCAACAGAAGAUGCUUGCCGCCGAACUCGAACUCGCCCUCGACAAGCCCAAGAAACAAAAGCAGAAGCGCAAACACACCCAGAUGGGCGACGGCAGCGUCCUCGGCGGCGAACCCGCCGCCAGUGCAGCAGACGCCGCGCACAAAAUGCUCCAGAAACGCGCCAAAACAUUCAGCAACGCUAUCAACUACGACAGACUCAAGGACAUCUUCCCAGGCGCUCAGCCGGUUUCUACGCCGUCUGGCAGCGGCCAAGGCGCCAGCCCCGCUGCGUCGCAAGUCACGCCCGCGGCAACGGUUGUCCAGGGCGUGGAUGAGGAUGCCGAGGGUGAGGAGGAGGAGUACUACGAAGAGGCGCAUGAGGAGGAAGAGUUUGACGACCCGGCGCAGUAUGGCGAAGAUGACGAAGGCUUCGGCAAUGAUUACGAGGAAGAGUACUGAGAUCCUAUUCUCACCAUUUUUAGAUUUGAGGUUGGUCUUUUUUAGGGCAUGUUCAUAAAAGUUUCACGUUCUGGGUGGUCUUAGGAGAGAAAAUUACUGGAUAUCACAUUAUAGUUUGGUCAGGCUUGGUAUGGCAUAGCAUGGCAUGGCUACUUUGAGCGCCUAGGCGUUUUUUCACGGGUUUUGGUUUGCGCAAAAGGGAUUUGACAUAGUCAUUGUGACUAUAUUACAGCGUUCAUUGGGGCUACAUUGUUAGAGAUACCCCGCUUGCUGGACACAGCAUAGCAUAUUAUAGAAUUUCACAGACAGUAUAGGGA